AUGGAAAUACUGCAGAAGUUUAAACAAAAUGGUUAUUUUGCCGCUGACCUGUACCAUUUGCUUACUAAGAAGAAGUUGCAUGAUCCCUCAAUUGAUAUAUUACCCUCGGAAUAUGAAAAACAAAUGAAAAUGACGACUCAGCAACGGCUGCAAAAUUUGAACAAUUUUGAAAUAGAUAACAUUGUAUGUAUUGGUAAUAAGCCCAUUAAAGUGGUGCUGUCAUUUACGCCCAGACUCCUUGUGUUUCAAAACUACAAGCCUAAUGAGAAAAUCAUCGCUAAGUUUUCUGUUAAAAAUGUUAGCAAGGCUCCAACCUUUCUCAACAUGGUGUUCAAGGAAUCUUCGUAUUUUUCUAUAAAACCCUGUGGAGGACAAUUACUGUCGCGAUUAGCGCCGGGAAUCAGUAUAUCUUUCGCCGUUACCUUCUCGCCGGUUCAGUAUGAGGACUACACUCAUCGAGUCUUAUUUUAUACGGACGUUGAUCAGUAUAAUUUGCCAUUGAUUGCUAUGGGGCCAAGACCAAUAUUCGAUUUUCCCGAUAAAGUUGAAAUUCCAAAGACUCCAUUAAAAAUUGAAAACCAUGUCUCUAUUAUGGUUCGUAAUGUUGGAGCUGUUGCGGCUGGUUGUACAUUGCUUACAAGAUGUCCAUUUUCCGUUGAGCCAAAAUCAAUAAAGUUGACGCCCGGUGAACAUUUUUACAUGAAGGUGAAAUGCAAGACUAUGAAUUUGGGACAAGUACAGGGCUCACUGUAUGCAAUUUUUGAAACAGAAGAAAAUUUGAAAAUUGACUUAUUGGGAACAACUCACCUCGUUAGCGUUGAAUUGGAGAAACAGGUCGUGAGAUUUUUUGACACUUACAACACUAUGGUGCGACAACAAGUAUUCAAAAUUGUCAAUAAAUCAGAUCAUAUACUAACUUAUAUGUGUAUGAAACACGAAUGUGUGUUUUACGAUUUCCAAAACAAGUUACAACUAGCGAAAGUAUUCUACAAAGUCAAAGAAAGCGAGUCUAAGAAGAAUGAGAAAUUGGUGCAUUAUGACGUAUUGAGCAGUGAUGAACACGAACGAGUGUAUACUAGAAUAUUUUUCGAUGAGAUGCAAUCAUUGAUAGCGGAUGAAUCACUACUAUUCCAAAAUAUGCACUUUUCAAUAACACCUGCUAAAGGAAACUUAUGGCCUAAUAAAGCUACCGAAUUAACAAUUACAUUUGCCCCAAAAGAAAUAGGGGAAUUUCAGACUAUAGCCUACUUGGAUAUUGACGGUGUGUUUGACAGAGUCCCUUUGACAUUAGUUGGGAUUUCUAUUCCACCAUUUAUACAGUUGAAUAUUGAAACACUAGAUAUGGACUGUGUAUACAUAAACAAACCUUAUAAUUAUGAGGUAGUCGCAAUUAAUAAAGGAGUACCGGCAACACUUGAAGUGGAUGUUAUUAAUGAAUCCGUGGUCAGCAUUGUAGGGUCUGUUAAAAUUUCAUCAGACGGUCCCGAAAUAAGUAGCAUUACACUGCAGGAUUAUGCUGUCGCAGAAAGUCCUAAGCCGAAAGUUCCUCAGUGGCCUAGAGAAUUCAAUGUGGAGCCGUGCAAGGUCGACAUAGAGCCGCAGUCAAGGAUUACAAUAAAGGUGACGCUGAUAGCCAAUUUGAUCAGAGCCAAUCAGACGUCGCUGGAAUUGGAAUUAGAAAAAUCCGAUAGUCCUCCGAUAAUUCUUCCUGUUAUCUACAAUGCUUUGGUUCCCGAAAUUACUAUUGCUCCAGAUAUUAAAAUGCGAGCUUGUUUUUUGGACUUUGCAUACAAAGCUGACGUUGUUGUUACCUCUAACGAAUUCAGAGGAUAUUUUACAUUGGAAGAAGAGGAGGAAGAAGGUUGUUUAGUAGUGAACACUCCGAUACGAGAGGGUUACAUAGAACCAAACAGUACAAUUUGUUUGCCUGUUAGCAUUCAAACAAGUGUUCUGGGGAUGCAGGAGUAUUCAAUGAGGUUGAACCUGUUCGGGUUGUCUAAGCCUAUCGAGAUAUGCCAUAUCAGUGGAUGUGGUGUUCGCCCAAUUGUAACCUGCACUCCAAUGGCCUUGCACUGGGGGCAAGUAAAACUGCUAACCACGGCUCAGAAAUGUUUGACACUUUGCAACGAUUCCCCAGUGGUUGUGCCUUAUAAAGCAAGCUUGCUAUAUAAAGACGGAAGAUGGCAAAUAACACCUUCCGAGGGAGUGAUUGAACCCGAAUCGGAGACAGAUUUAAUAUUAACUUUAUAUUUAAUUGAUGCUAAUACUUAUACAAACAAAGCUGUUAUACAAUUAGAGAAAGUGAAGGACAUUUUGGUUCCUUUAUCUGCUACUGGUGUCGGAACGAGCAUAUUGGUAGGAGAUCUACGAGACAGGGUUGAGCUCGGUCGUCAUUUUACCAAGAUACCUUUGAAUUUUAAAGUGAUUAUGGAAAACCGUGGUACUAGGAUACAUGCCCUCGAAUGGAGUGAACACUAUAAAGCGCCUAAAACUAAACAACCAACUUCAGGGUUUUUUAAUUUAGAACCCCGAGUAUUUAAAAUGGCUGCAGGAGAACAAUUGGAUUUAAUGAUUACUGGAACAUCAAAUAAAGUCACAACAGUUAAAGAAAUGUGGUAUCUGGUAGGAAGUGUCGAGGGCAUAAAUAAAAAAGAACUGUUAUUGGCGUGUCAAGUUGUAGCAGAAUUUGUUGAUCCAAAGGUAGAAGUGUCUUCUACUUUGAUGGAUUUCAGAUAUGAUUACGGCCCUUAUAGUGAACAUUACAAACUCACAGAUAUCGUGACGAUUAAAAAUGUAUCCAAACUACCACUGGACCUGGAUAUAAGCACAAAACCACCAUUUGCUAUAAUACAGAGACACGACACGUACAUAGUACCGCCCGAAGAAGAAAACAUGUGUUGUUGUAUAAGAUACAGAGAGUCUGAUAUAGAUUUAGAAAAGCUUUUGUUAAGCCUCGGGCCUCAUCAAUCGCGUGUAUUUAUUGACUACUUUACUUCUAAACCAGUUGAACCACAACGAAGAGGUUCCCUAAACUUUUUUCGAGACAUCAAUAAGAUGAAACUAGCAUUCAAUCUCACUCACACAGUAGAACAGCGCUUGGAAGAUCGAGACGUUAUGAAACUACAGAUACUGUUUGAUACUACUAAACAUGCCAGUUUAAAAUCCAAGGUUGAAUAUCCUAACAAGGGGCACACAAGUGACACAGAGUACAAAUCACUGACUACUGAUGAUACUACAACCAGCGGGUUACACGAAAUACAUUUGAGAGAACCUAAUGAGGAUUGUGGUAUUCGUAAAGAAAUAUGUCGAAUUCAAAAUUUUUCUUAUAUUCAAACGACCACUUCUCCACAAGAAUUUCAUCCAGAGCUAAAUCAGAGUCCGGUGGAGUUUGCUGUACCUAGUCUCGAAUAUAUAAAAAGGCGUACGAUGAUAAAAGUAACACCUAUGAUAAACACUGAUUGUGAUACCAAAUUUGAAUGGAUGCAUAAGUUUUCGAAAAAAGUUAAAGUUUCCAGGACCGACAUCAACGGAGUAUUAUAUUUGGUGCCGCAUCGUGGACUGCUUAAGCCGGGCGAAAUUCAGUAUGUUAAUGUGAUGUUCCAACCCAAACCAAACAUAAACGUGCGAGCCACUCUCGAAUGCGAAGUACUAGGAGGGCCUCCUGAGACCGUACUAGUAACUGGACGAAGUUCUGAUUUAAGAUAUAAAAUUAACACUCACAAUUUAAAUUUUAAAAUAAGGUCUUUUCACGAAAAUGCCAUCGAAGAGUUGUUGAUAACUAAUAUAGCUCAGUUACCUUUUGAAUAUAAAACUUACUUGGCUCCAGUUAUUUGUAAAAAUGAACUUGAAGGUUAUAUCCUCGAAUUAUUACCCCCGAAUAAGGUGUUAGAACCUGAUGAAGAAGCUGCGGUACAAGUUGUCGUGCAGCCAGGAAUACUUGGGCAUUUUCAAAGAGUGUUCUUGUUGGAAAUCGGUCACCUUCCUCACAUACCCAUUAAGGUGUAUGGUUGGGGAGUUAUCCCUCAAGUAUACAUAACUCUACCUAGACAAGAAGAAAUUCCUCCGUUGAAACCUGAGAUUGGAUACCAAGCUAUUCAGACAUUGACAUCUUCGUAUUUGGAAGCGGACGGUUACCCUUCAAUCAUUGAUGUAGAAUUGGCAAUUGAAAGGUUACUGGUCGUUAAUCAUGUGAAGGAACGACCUGAGCUAUUAACUGUAUACGCUACUACAAAUAAAUCAGGUCCUAUUCAAGGAUUCCAUACUGUACCAUACAUUAUAGACUAUGGGGUUGUGAUUACGGGAAGCACGGUACAAUGUAUAGCCGAAAUAGUGAAUUACGGACCGAUUGCAACUAAACUUCAUUUUUCGAAAGGAACGCAAAUUCCGAAUUGGUUGAGUAUGAAAUUAUGUGGCAAACUAAACCCAGGUGAGACGGGUAAACUGGAAGUGACAUUCUCUCCUACGUCCUUCGACUUCACUGAACUGGAACAGAAUGUGGAAACUUCUCUUCACUUGGAGGUACCCUACGGCGUGUCGAUACCGAUUCAUCUUAAAGCCCUUUGUGCAGUACCUUACUUAAUGUCAAAUGUAAAAUCCAUUGAUUUUGGAUCCGUGCGAUGUGGUGAUAAAAUUGUUUGUUCUAUUCCUUUAAAAAAUGUAGGUAAACCAACAUGUAUUUGGUAUGUAACUCUAAGAUUAAAAGCGCAUGGACCGUCUCCAAUGGUAGUAAUGGAUAGUUCUGGAAAAUACGAACCUGGAGAAGGAGGUUGGUUAAGUGUUGCCUUCAAGCCGACGAUGGAGAUGGUGUAUGAAGGUUUACUGAUAUUUAGAUUUCAUAUGAAUCCGAAUAGAAUGACGAUACCCGUUACUGGACAAGGCAUUGUACCAAACGUACAUGUUAUUGGACCAAACGUGGUUUUCCCGCCUACGCUACCCUGGGCCGAAACUACAUAUUACUAUUUUGGAUUGACAAACCCGUGCCCUUUUCCUAUAGAAUUGAUAAUAGCUCAUAGUGAUGAGAAGUGGAAAGAAGAAGAGGAUAUAUAUAACUUACUGUACAAGUAUUACAACAAGCCGGAAGAGAUGUUAGUGCCAGCAAUGAAACCAGGAACGGGAUAUCCACCAGAAGUUGUGAAUUUUUAUCAAAAUUUCUAUGCGCGAGUUAAAAAGCUGAAAGAAGAAGAGGAGCUGCUGAGUGCAAAAUCAACUACAGCAAAGUCACAUGCAGCUUCAGGGAAAAAAGCUAAAACCCCUAACAGUAAAGGAGGUGCGAAGACUCCUAUUGCAGGCAAAGAGAGCAAUAUACCUCCAGUCAAAUUUCGAACUGAAGGUGAAAUAAUUGCAGAUGAGAUGAAAAUAUUACGAGAUGGGCGCAUAGAUCCUUUACGGGAAUGUUUAAAGAUAUUCGAUGAAGAAAAAUUAGAUUCAGAUAUCGAUUUGCAUUCUAAGGGAUUUCUUUUAUUUGUCCACGGUUCUCCAUGUGAAGAAAUGCAAUGCCAAGAAAUUGCAUAUUCCGCUGGCAAAACGCUCAACUUGCCUGUAAUAAACGUAGACAAUUGCAUAGUUGAAGCGUUGCUCACUGAACCAACGACCGGAACAAAAGAACUCAUUUUGGCUACUAUAAACGAAGGGUACGAAUCAUCAAAACGAAGUAUAAAAGGCGAUAGUAGCUUUAAUGGCGAGGAAGCUGAAGACGAUUUAAACAUAAUGGAGGAUGCUUUUGAAUCGCUCAUGAGAAAAAUAUUACGUAUGGCCAAUAACAAAUAUGUUGGAACACCUCGGUCAAAAGGAAGCGAUAAGAAGAAAAAGAAAUCUGCAAUAUCAUUGCCCACACAUCAGGUAGUGACAGCCCUGGGAUCGACCACACUGUUUCGAAUGGAUUUAACUGAAGAACUUCUUAUUGAAUAUUUUCAACUACCAAAGUUUGACCGCGGCUUUGUGGUAGAAUCACUGUCGAGUAAUAUUCUGAAGAAUCCACCUUUGGUGCUUACAACAAUUCUUAAAUGUAAAAGUAGCAUUUGGAAUGCGCAUUUAAUUUUAUGUCAGUCUGAUUUUGCUAAGUGGGCACAAGCCUACGAAGAAUCUCUUAAGGAAUUGGAUCACUUAAGCGAGGCUGCGCCAAAAACCUACGACGAUGACGAGAUUAAGGAAAUCGUAGACAGUUUUGAAAACAUGGACGAAGAAGAAUAUGAAAAAGCACCUGCAGAACUAAAAACAAUUUAUAUUACAUAUGGUUUAGAACAAAGGCGAAAGAAAUAUUUGGAAAAGAUAGCUGUACAAUCCGGGGUAGGGUUACUAUCGCAAGCAGUUGGCAGUAAAGAAAAGGGAGGAAAAGAUCAACGCAGUAAAUCCUCGCUCACAGUAGACGCAUCAGAUGCUAAGAAGAAGUUGAAAAAAGACGAAGGCGGAAAAGCUAAGGCUACUACUGAGUACGUGGCAAUGAACGCGAAAUAUAAUGAGUAUUUUAAAAAUACUUAUGAGAACCUUAUUAAUAUCGCUAACAAUUGGGUUUUUGAAGAAUGUGACGUUGGCUUCCCUUUAUAUAAUAUCAACGGCCAAGUCGCUGGUGUGGCUGUUAAGAAACUGAAAAAGAAAUCUGAAACGCAGAUACCGACCUCUGAAGUGAGUCUGGCUGACAGGGGCUUUCCUUUAACUCUAAUAAUGUGUCCUUGCAUAAACUACAAGAACGCUAUAUUGAGUAUGCUCAAAUACUCGCCAGUUGUGUAUAAUGCACUAAAGGAAGAAGAAAGGGUGGAUGUUCUUAAAUAUCCAGUGAAAAGAAAAGAAUAUACGGUGUUAUUACCUAAAACGUUUCCCGCCAUUAAUCACGAAAUACCAUUAAAUUGGAGAUAUUUGGAUGAAGUGCCGGUUACAUCGUCUCAAACAUCUACGACUGAAUUCCCUUCUACAGUCGAGAAAAUGGUAGGGGAAGAUGAACCAACAGAGAUAUAUCCGUUACCGUUACAUAGUGUUAAAUCGAUGCAAGAAACACAAACGCGUCUUGUUUUGGAACCUGGUGACCUAGUGCGGUGCAAAUAUUCCUUUAAUCCUCAAAAUGAAGGCAGUUAUAGCGUCAGACGUUUUGUCGAAGUGAGCGGUUGGCCAGACUCGAGAGUUGACAUUAAUAUUAGCGGCAUAUGUGAUUUACCGAGAUUGGACAGUCGGCCUAAAAAGAUGUUUGAGAAUUUUGUGAGAAGGACGAUUGAAGAUUACGUCUAUAAGAUAACUUAUUUAGAUGAUCUUAAAUUAUUCGAAUUUGGACCAAUAUUCGUAGGCCUUAACAGAAUAUACCAAGAAGAGUACACUAUCGAUUUAAAAAAUUCCUCUCUGAUAACUGCUGACAUCGUGAUUGAGUUCCUUGAAGAUACCACGGUGUUUCAAAUAGACAAAGAAUUUAUACGAUUAGAGCCAGGAUGUCGUGACAAGCUCACUAUUUCGGCCGCUCCAGCAGAUGUUGAUGUGCAUAAAUGCACAUUACUGUUUUGUGUCAAAGAUAAUCCUGAAAUAGUAGAAGUUCACAUUGCCUGUACUGGAGUAAAGCCUACCGUUGAAGUACUGCCAUCAACUAAAACUAUAGACUAUAAAAAACUUUUGUUGUAUCGCCGAGAAGACGAUAGAUUUAUUGUAAAGAACGAUUCAAUAUUACCAGUGAUGUGGAAAAUUCGUAAUCCUGCGGACUUCGCAGAAGAUUUUAUAAUAUCCCAUAAAUCUGGCAUUGUUGCAAGACACGAUAAUCAAGUUGUGCCUGUAACAUACAUCGCAUGUCGAGUUGGAGUUAUCAGUAACAGGAUACUCGCUAUCGAUAUUUAUGAUGCAGAGGGCCGCGGAGAGCCAAUGCUGACGGAUUGUCUGUAUUUAUCAGCGGAAUGCUACGAUGUUAUGGUCGAAUGUGCUCAUGAGAAUCCUACAGAGAAUUAUCUUAAUUAUGGAAACGUCAAAGUCAAUUCUACUGUUUAUCGAGAUAUGUUCUUACUAAAUCGUGGCAAAUAUAAUAUUUAUUUUAAGUUUACGUUAUUCCCACUAGGCGAAUUAAAUUUCCAUAUUAUAGCUGUCGGUACUGCUAUACAGAGAGAUGUGAUAUUGAAUAAUACAAGCAAGUGUCCUGUCACUUAUGAAAUAAUUUUGCCAGAACAGUAUAGACCUGAUCCCAACGCACCUCUUCCUCUAGCGAAAACAAAGGAUAACAGAAUAAAAAAUCCUCCUCUCAAAUGCGGUAAUUUCAUGAUAAUGAAUGAAGAUAAUCUCCUGGCCCCCGGCACCAGUCGCACCAUACAAAUACAGUUCUUCGCGACGGCAUCUCGAAAGUUUGAAGAAACCAUUAAUUUUAUAAUAAGUGACACAUGUCCCGCAGAAGCUCAAGGAGUGCCACUUAGAUUAGUCGGGACUGGUGCAAUGCCAUCUUUAGAUUUUUGGAAUAUAGAGACCACGUUUAGAGAACAUUUAAUCGUUAAAGAUCUGUAUGAAUAUAAAGUACCCGAGUCAUCGCCACAUUGUGUGUUUGUGGAGAAUUCGGUAACCUUACAUUUCUUCUGCGUAACAGUGAAGACACGUUUUGUAGGCAAACUAGAUCUUUACAAUAAUGGACUGGUUGCGUGUGCGCUUACUAUGAAAUUACAUUACCAAUCAAAUUCGAACAGUGAGAUUUUCUCUUUAGAUAAAUACGAGGCACAUAUAGAACCAUUAAUGCAUAAGAAUCUAGGAAUUAUUUUUACACCAAAAGCUCUUACGGAAUACAGAGCGGUUUUAGAAAUAAAAUUAAAACUUUUAUGCAAUGAGGAACAAUCAUUUAAGGUGUGUCUAAUUGGUCAAGGUGCAAUUCCAAGAAUACAAAUGGUGUCACCACGACUUACGACUCAAAAGACAGCCUCCCUGGUGUUGCCGGUGACAUGUCUUGGGUCUGUUAGCCAGAAACCCAUAAUCUUUAAAAAUAUAAGCUCUGUAAAAAGUUUGGUAGUAGCAGAUGUUAAACAGGCAACAUUUGAAAAGAGGACGAUUUUCUGGCUAACAACAGAUCAAGAUAGUAAACAUAUGGUCGUAGCUAAUAAUAAGGGUCCUAGUGCCAUUAGUUUUAGUAGCGAUGAUGAUUUAAACGUUUCCCUAAAAAUUCUUUUAAAACCUGACGAGAUAGCAACCUUGAAUAUUAAUUAUAAUCCAAUACACAAAGGUAUUGAAACCUGUAAUGUAAAACUGACUAUUAUCGAGAAUCCUUAUGAAUAUUUUGAAGUAACAUGUGAAGCAGAAGCAUUUAUGGAAGAUGUUAUAUUAAUGGGUCUGGAAAUGCUUCCACUGGAAACGGAUCUUGAAGCCUAUAAGACGGACACGUUUGUAUUAUUAAGCGGAUGCGAACUAGGAUUCCUACAAAGAAGUUCUGUAGUUAUGGUUAACAACUCAGAAAAAGUGUACAAGUUCACCUGGAAUCUUAUAGAACAUUUAGUAGUGAAACCGUCAAUGGGCUAUAUUUCUCCAGGAGAAGAGAAAGAUAUUGAAAUAUUGUUCUACUCUGCUCAACCUGUUGAAAUAAAUAAGGUGAGAAACUUCACUUUUGCUUUGAAAAAUGUCGGCAAAGUCCCAUUGAGAGUUACAUGGAAUUUUGUUAUAGAUGACGAGUAUCCCGCAAGAAUAGAUAAAUUUAAAUUUAAUAAGUUGGAGGACCAAGGAAUGGAAGAAUGCGCAGUUAGAGCCUCUCUGACUGAAAGUUACAAUAGUAUUGAGGAUCAGUUCAAUAUUCAGAACGAAAAUGCUUCAAGCAAAGUAACACUGUUUAGUGCAAGUGCAGACAGACAAAGCGUUGAUACAUGGUUUGAAGUCGAUCUGCCCUUCUCGAUAGAGCCCACUAAAGACUGCUUGAAACCAGGAGAGAAAACAAACUUCAAAGUAACGUUCGCACCUCUUGAUGCAUUUGAUUUUAAAGUGAGGUUAAGAAGUACUAUUGAUAACUUAGAUCCAUAUGAUCAGAAUGUUUCCUGCAAAUUGGAGGCUAGAUCGCUAAUACCCUACGUCCAUCUCGAUAUCGAAGAAAGCGAUUAUUUGACAUCAGGGAGAAGGAAAGUAACAGGAAUUGCUUUACCUCCACAUAUCACUGUACUGGAAUUUAAUGUCUUGGGCUCUGGAUGUUAUAAAAAACGAUUUAAUGUUAUUAAUCCUACAAGUGAGGCGUACGAGUUCAUAUUUGAAAUGAUUAUGUCUGAUAAGCCUGAGCUUAUACCUGUCCAUUGUGAUACCUUAAAAGGAAACGUAGAAGGUGGAACGUCUACUGAAGUAACAUUUACAUUUUCUCCGACGGCCCCAGGGGUAUAUGAAUCUCAGUGGAAGUUUAUAAUAAAUGCUCAUAAUCUCGUUAUGAAUAUAUUAGUUGUUGGACUGGUAAGAGAGUCGGAUGUUGUAUUUGUACCGACAAUCCUCAUAAUAAGAAAUUCGUUGGUGGGUUUCACGACAACGAACGACAUUAUAUUAAAAAAUAACGAAAGCGAGGCUUUAAACUUUGAGUUCAAAGGUAACUCGUUGUGUAAUGAAUCUGGGAAGACGCCUGUUAUUGUAGAGCCUAAUCAAGGAAUACUGAAGCCUAAUUCUGAAACACCGAUCAAGAUUAUUUACACCCCUAUCCAUGAUGGCCCUCAAUCUUUUAAAAUAUUUUGCAGCAUCGCAUUUCUAACAAAGUUUUUAACUUUAUGCGUAAAUGCGCUUAGUUUUUCUAUUAAACCUAAAGUGACGUAUAAUUUAAUUGGAAAUGAACAUGUGUUAAAUAGUGAUUAUAAUACCAACAUACAUUUAGAUCAAACGGCAUCUACGUAUGAAAGACAAAUACCAUUCACCAUAAGAAACAACGGGUCAGCAACUUUCUUCUUUGAUUGGCACUACAACCCAUCAAAUGUAAAAAAGUAUCUAAAUGUAUAUGUGGAACCAAACAUCGGCCAUGUAGUGCCUGGUAAUGAAGUAGAAUGUAUCCUACACUUUACACUGAAGCAAAUCCCUGUCCAAGCUUUUCCAGUCAGUUUAUUGAUCUCAGAUGGUCCGGAAUACAACAUAUUCCUGUAUGCAGAGAUAGAAAAGCCCAUUUACCGUUUUUCAUGCAUGGACAUUAACUUUGGAAAAUGUUUUAUCAACACACCAGAUACGACCUACAAGAAGAAUAUUAGUUUCACUAAUGGUGAUAAAGUGCCUGUGCUUCUCGAUCUGAAUUUUACAAGUUUGCCCGAAUUGUAUGUCGACUAUGUUCAAGUGCCGAAAAUUGAACCGGGGAAACGGCAGAAAAUAUCAAUAUACUUUCGCCCAAAACACGUUAAAGAGUAUGAGUUUAAGCUACAAUUUUGGGUAAACUCUUUAUGUGAAGAAAUUGUGACAAUUAAAGGAGAAGGUAUUCCUCUUCUCUUUGAUUUAUAUGAAGGAUGUCAAAAGAGCUUUGACUUAGGUCAUGUGAAGGUUGGGGAAAAAAUUAUUCGCACUAUAGAUGUAAUGAAUCAUAGUAAAAUGCCUAUUGAUGCUACGUACAUAUUUAGAGAAAUGUACCCCGUAGUAGGAGAAUCUUCACAGUCUGAGAUGACCAGUGUGUGCCUCAGUCCCUCUCGGGUAACUGUGAAGGGCAGUAUUGGACCAACCAGAGUACAGAUGCUACAAAACUACAAAGAUGACAAAGUACGAGAACAAAUUUCAAAGGACAUCGAAAACGCCUUGUCUUCGUUGAAAGUGGUGCCAAAUAAAUGCACAAUAAAACCUUAUAGGAAAGUUCCAUUAAAAAUACAGUUCAAGCCGGUAGGCCUGAUCAGUACUCUCAAUGUACAGUUAAAUAUGAAGGUGUUUGAGUUCGAACGCCCCCUUGUACGCCUUAGUGGUUGUGCUACGGGUAUGAGCUUAAGAUUCAGUCAGAACUCCUUACAAUUUGGUCGCGUGCGCAAGCGCGGAGUUAAAAUAUUGAAAGUAAUGUUACAAAACGAGGGUAAUUUUGGAGCAAGAUUUUGGUGGCAACCUUUGAAAACAACAGAAUUUUCAAUAUCCCCGCAACAGGGCACCAUAGCCGCACAAACCAAUGUCACGUUUACCAUUACAUUUAGGCCAUUAUACCAUAAUCCGUUCGUCAAAGUUUGGGCGUGUUGUAACAUAGAGAAUUAUACGCCUCUCGAACUUGCCUUAUACGCCACAUGUGUUGACAUUGGUAAUGUACAAAAUAAAACGAUGUACUUGGAAUGUCCCGUUCGUGAAGUAAAGACUGAUUACGUCGUUGUCACAAAUCCUACCGAUGACUUGUGGCUGGUUUUGUCUGAAGUGUCUGGUGGUCCUUUCGAUACUUUGAAAGAGUUUCACAUUGAACCCAAUUCUACCUUCGAUAUACCUGUGAACUUUAGACCAAAGAGCAUUGGUCAACAUGAGAGCCAGCUUUUGUUUUCACCUUUAGGUGAAAGUGCUUUAUUUUUAUCGGUGACUGGAAUAGCCCAACAUCCAAAUCCAAAUGGGACUAUUCAAAUAAGCGUGCCAGCCAAGGACUUGCAUACCAUCGAAUUACUUGUGCAUAAUAUAACUGAGGAACCUGAAUCUUACAUUGUGUUAACAGAGUUAUCAAAAGUCGUUCCCGAAAAAUUCGAAGGUUAUUACGAAAUAAAGCAUCCAGAAACAAUCAAAACAUGGGGAGAAGCUAGCGCCACAUGUCGAUGGACUUAUGUUUGUUAUGAAGAAUGCGAAAUGACAUUCAAAGUGAUGUUCAUUAAUGAAAUAAGUAGGGAAUACCAAUUUUACAAUAUAAUAGCGACGGUUACUGCAAGCCCUAUCGUAGCUACGUUAACUUUUGUAUCGCGAGCUCGAGAAUCUGUACAAAAAGAGCUCUCCAUUAAAAAUCCGCUCUCCACUGAGUCAUUAUUUUAUAUUAAAAGUGAACAACUGCAGUGUCCUGAUGUACUGACGAUUAACAGGAAGUCAGAGGCAAUUUUAACAAUGAUAUAUUCACCAUUAGUGGUGGGAGAGACUGAAGAAUUGUUAGAAGUGUCCAACCAUUUAGUAGGAACUUAUGUGUAUAGAGUGAUACUAAAAUGUUUGCCAGCGAAGGAAAAAACUUUAGAAUUCUCAACUUUAUUUGGAACCAUAAUACCGAUACGUCUGAAAGUGCAGAACAGAGCGGACUGCAGAGCGGAUUUCAUUUGCACGGUAUCUCACGGGUCUAUACAAGCCGACAUUGAGUACAGUUUAGCCCCUCUGGAUAAAGGAAAAUUUUUACUUUGGUUUGAGCCGAUAGAGCUUGGUGUACAGACAUGCAGAGUUUCCUUUGACUCGCCCGUUGCUGGUGAAUUCAUAUUUAACAUAAAUGGCAAAGGGAAGCGACCGAAACCACAAGGACCGUUCGAAGUGAAAGCGGGUGGAUUUGUUACCAUUCCCUUUAAGAACGUCUUUGAAGACAUCAGAACAUUCAAAAUUUACGUAGAUAAACCUGAAUUUAGUGUUAAGAUGCCUUUUGAGAUUAUCAAACCAAAGAAAGAUGUGAAGAUAAAUGUAUUCCUUAUGGAAAUUGAAGAAGUAAAUGCCGAAAUGCCUACCGGUAAUCUUACCAUUGAGACUUAUGAACCAGCAAGUCCAGCCGUGAGUUGGAUAUUUUUCCUUCAAGGUAUUUUAUAG